AUGGACCUGGACGAUGCCGGAAAGGCUCAGAGGAUGAAGCAGCCGUUUUGGGUGCUUUAUCGGAGCUCAAAGGCAGUGCAGUGCCCACUCAAUGCCCCCAUUUGUGCCCCUGCCCUGCAGAAGUUGGCGAGUCAGUAUUUAAAGAGGGACUGGCCUGGGAUCAAACCAGAUGACCAGAGGACAGACUACAGGAAUGUGUAUGGAGUGUGGCGGGCUUAUCUUGAAGGCACCGUGCAGGUGACCCAGUCUCGACUCAACGUCUGCGAGAACUACAAGAACGAGAUUUCAGACCCCGCCAAAACCUUACGCCUCUACAAAGAACAGCAGCUGAAAAAGUGCAUUGAGCAGUUGGGUCGGAUCCAGGCAGAGCUCCAGGAUUCAGCGAAGGAUCUGGCCAAGUCCAAAAAGAAAUACUUUGAGCUGGAGCAGAUGGCCCAGGCUGUGCGGGAAAAGGCCGACAUUGAGUCCAAGUCGAAGCUGGGUCUGUUCCAGUCCAGGAUAAGUUUACAGAAGGCCAGUGUGAAGUUGAAAGCGAAGAGGAGCGAUUGUAACUCCAAAGCGACCCAUGCGAGGAACGAAUAUCUUCUCACAUUGGCGGCCGCUAAUGCACAUCACGACCGCUAUUACCAGACCGACCUGGCCAACUGCAUCAAGGGUCUGGAGGGGAACGUAUACGACCAUGUGAAGGAUUAUCUGAUAUCCUUUUGUCGGACCGAGCUGGAAGCGUUUCAAGCUGUUCACAGCACCUUCCAGUUCCUGCUGGAGAAGUCCAGUCGAGUGAUGCAGGACUUCAACCAGCAGCUGUUCCUGCAGGAGAACCCAGUGUUUCACAAAGCACAAGACUUCCAGUUCCAGCCCAGCGACAGCGAUAUGACUCUGAGCUCUGUGCAGCAGUUGGUGGACAUUGAGCCAUCGACGGUCAGUGUGAUGAGAAUGACUCUGGCACAGAGUCGACAGCUGGAAUCGGAGACGGGAACCACCGAAGAACACAGUCUCAACAAAGAGGCGAGGAAAUGGGCAACACGUGUGGCCCGCGAACACAAAAACAUCAUCCAUUACAAACGGGCUCUAGAGGAAUGCGAGACGCUCGGGACUCUGCCCACGGAACAGAGCCGGAAUGAGCUGGAAUUCCGAAUAGAGGAGGCUAAGGAGAGCAUCCGCAAAGCAGAGACGAUAAAGCUGAAAGCAGAAGUGCGUCUGGACCUCCUGCGGCAGGUGGGUGUUUCUGUGGACACAUGGUUGAAGAGCGCCAUGAACCAGGUGAUGGAAGAGCUGGAGAACGAGCGCUGGGCGUCGCUGCCCACCCUCACCUCCCACGACCUCUCUCUCUCAGUGAGCACCCUCUUUAUUAAAAAUCAAAGUCCAUGUCAAAGAUACAUGCAGAUUUUCUCACCUGCACUUUCACACCAUUGUAUUCAGACCAGUCUAAACAAACAGUUCGGCACAUAUGCCACGGCAGAGAGAAAUAUAGUUGAUCACUGCAGCCAAACGCCACCUACAUUCCUCUACACAUCUGAGACCAAUCCCUUUGAGAUGCUAGAAGAUGUGACAUCUCAGGCCUCUCAGCCCGAUGAACUAACCAUUGAUGAGCAUGAGAUGUUGGAGGUUAUAGAAGAUGGAGACAUGGAGGACUGGGUGAAGGCGCGGAAUAAGUCCGGUCAGGUGGGCUACGUCCCAGAGAAGUACCUGCAGUUCCCCACGUCCAACAGCGUACUGAGCAUGCUCCAGUCCCUUGCUGCUCUGGACGCACGCUCACACUCCUCCAGCAACUCCACUGAGCCUGAGCUGGCAUCAGGCAGCUUCAACGGAGACAGCAGCAUGAGUUUUGUCAAGGCCAUGUAUGACUACGAGGGUCAGACGGAUGACGAGCUGUCAUUCCCUGAGGGAGCCAUCAUCCGCAUCCUCAACAAGGACAACCAGGAGGACGACGGCUUCUGGGAGGGCGAGUUUAACGGUCGAGUGGGCGUCUUUCCGUCCGUGCUGGUGGAGGACCUGACCGCCUCAGAGAACGGAGACUCUCACUGGGGAACAGACACACAGGUGUCCCCGUGCCAAAGGCUUCAUUCAUCACUUCCUCCUCUGCCGCUGUACGACCAGCCGCCCUGCAGUCCGUACACGAGCCCCGAGACCAGCAGCGCUCCCUCGCUGCCCCGCUCACCAUCUGUCAACGGAGAACACAAACUGCCCAUCCCGCAGAAAGCCGCCGGUCAUAAUCACAAUUCCAGCUUAAGUCCAGAGAGCCCAGGCUUCUCGCAGCCGCUGAGACUCACUCCGGACGGAUCCGGCUCUGGAAAACUCAGACCUGUUCGGGCGGCACCUCCUCCUCCAAAGCAGCACGCGCGCAGACAGGUGGAGAAAACCGAAGAGGUGGAGAUCACGCUGGUGUAGAGCUCCGCCCUAGUGGACUGAGAACAAACCCCAUCUGACCUCUAACCCCUCCCACUCCUCACGGAUGCCCUAUGAGCAUCCUUAGAUCCCCGAGGGGGCGGAGAACAGCAUCUCAAAGGCAUCCCUUUUUCAUAAAAUACAAACACCUCUUUUGGCGUCACAGACUGUUUGGUGCCUUAAACCGCUUUCAUGCCAAACUCUAAUCCUUGUAUUCGUAAUGACUUUAUCGUGCAACGGGAACUUGUUUAAAACUUUGUUAAUUCACUCAAUGGCAGUUCAGUUUUGCAAAAUCAUGGUUGAUGUGUAAGCGUGCAUCUAAAAACACAGAAAAGAAUCGAAUACAAGGGUUUAGCAAGAGUUUCAAAAGAGGCUACACUUGCACAUCCGUCUCUUCAGUGGCUUUUGAAGAGCCAAACAUGCAAUACUAGGAAUUCUGGGAUGUGAAAAAGGGGUCAGCCACGAAUAGUCCUACCAUUUACGUAUUUCAUAUGUAAUAGCACAGUACAUUACUGUCGUCAUAGGAAUGUUAUAUUCACGUUAAACAUUACAGAUCAUAAUGGAGAAAGGGAACUGUACAUAAAAGGCUAGAAGGAAAAAGAGCGGUAGAGGAAAAAGAGGAGAACGAGGGUUAAAAAGAGAGGAAGGCUGGUUACUUCGCUCUUUUUUUUUUUUCAUCGGUUUAGCUUCUUUCUGUCUUGUGUUGGUCCGGAAAAAUAAAAGUACUAACUACAUAGCUAUAUCCUUUUCCUCAACUUUUCAUUAAGAAGACCAGUGUUUGUAUGCAUUACUAAUAUUUAGUCCUCAGAAAGGCGUGCGAGAGCGAUCUAAAGAUGUGUCUCUGAGCCGGGGACGGAGAAUAUUCUGCGUCUGUAAUCAUGGAAAUAUACUGAUCAAUAUACAAGUAUCAGUUAAAGUGCUUUUCCAGCCUAACGCAUUUCUCAUUGUCAUGUGUCGGCACUGCGGAGGACUGAACGGAUGUGUUGUGUUUCUUUUAUGGCAGUGUUUAGGAUGAAUGUGAUGGGAGAGAUUCCCUCCAACAAGCACAGAAAAGGUGGAUCAUCAUGGGGAUUUUUCAUUUUAAUUAUUGCCAAUGAACGCAAACCUAUUAUAGUGUUCUAAGUGCAUUUCCUCCCUACAAGGGGCAGCUAUGUUUUUUUUUGUUUUUUUUUGUUUUU